CUAGAAAUCAUCUCCAAAGAAAAUAAUUUUGUCAUGUUUAGCUUUACACGGGGAGAGUGACUGGUUACGCGGCACUAUUAUUAUUUUAUUGAGGGAGAUAUGUUGUAUUAAGGGAACUACAAGUCAACUUUACAAAACACCACCUUGUUUCCUGGUCGCCUUCCUCUCCCUCGGUGGGCGUGGCUGCCACACAGCAGGCAGGGAGGGAGGGGCGGAGGCAUAUGACGUGUCCGGCUUCGGCGCUCUUUUUCCCCGACAUCUUUCCAGCUGAGAGCCGCUGUCCGCUGCCCUCUCGCUAGCCGCUAGCCGCUAGCCGCUAGCAGCUAGCCACCAGCUGGUAUCAGAUGGCGGCCCGUUUGGCGUUUACCGCUCUACUGCUACUCGGUUCCGCCUCCCUGCACUCGGCGUCGCCUUCACGGACCGGACCCAAGGUGACCGAUAAGGUGUUUUUUGACAUCACAGUGGCAGGUCACGAGGUGGGCCGUAUCGUCAUCGGCCUGUUUGGAGAGGUGGUCCCUCUGACUGUCAGUAACUUUGUCGCCCUGGCAACAGGAGAGAAAGGUUACGGCUACAAAGGCACAAAGUUCCAUCGAGUCAUCAAGGACUUCAUGAUCCAAGGAGGAGACUUCACGGCCGGAGACGGGACUGGAGGUCACAGCAUCUACGGGACCACCUUUGCUGACGAAAACUUCAAACUGAAGCACAGCUCGGCCGGCUGGGUGAGCAUGGCCAACGCGGGUCCAGACACAAACGGCUCCCAGUUCUUCAUCCUGGCUACCAAAGCUCCGUGGCUGGAUGGCAAACACGUGGUGUUCGGAAAGGUCCUGGACGGGAUGUCUGUGGUUCACACCGUGGAGCUCCAGGACACCAACGAGAGGAACCUGCCGUACGCAGAGUGUGUGGUGGUCAACAGCGGCCGCAUCGCCGUCAAGGAGCCUCUGGUGGUGGAGGUGGACGGCUGGUAGAUCCUCCACACGUCUGCUAUGCAUCCUGAUACGUAUUCAUAUCGCAUCUUCAUGUUUACUUCACUCAAACGUGCUCUUCAUCUUCUGCAACCACAGCACACCGUGAUGAUGAUGAUGCAAUAAAUGUUGGUGCCAAACA